ACCGUCCAGCGACAGCCUAUGACUCAUUGGGAGUAGCGCUUGAGCGCAAGUCCUUCCCGAGGCUACACGCCGGUGGGCGGGUGAGUGGGCAGCGCAUCAGACAAUCAAAUUGUCGGCGUCGGCUGGGUCGCCAUGGCAACCAGCAGCGACGUCAGCAAACGUACAAUGAUAAGGAUUGGCCGUACUGGGCGUAUCAAUGCGGCGGUGGCUUUGGUCUGGGCGCGCAAUUCAUCUGCGACUCGGAUGCCCACGAGUCGUUUGUGGUACUAGAGCUCGGAGGGGGUGGGGGUAGUGGGGCUGAUUUCAGACGUGACCAUUCGAUUAAGACCAGCGGCGGCGGUGGCGGUGGUGGUGUGCAGCUGUAUGACUGGGGGGACUGUCCUGAAUCAUUGUAUGAGAGGACUCAGUGCGAACAUGUGCACCGCACCAGUAUAGGGGGAGGGUCUGGAGGCUCAUACAGCCACAGGGACAACGUCUACCACACACGCGCAACCUGUGACGCAGACGCAGUGGAUUAUAGGGGGUGGAAAAAAGCGUUCGAUAGGAUCAGCGAUUUAUUGAGAGACAAGUCAAGGUGUCCGCGAUUGCGCAUAUCAGGUGGUGGUGGCGGCGGCGGCGGCGGACAGUUAACACAGCUAUCGAGACUGGUUCCAUUUGGCUACGGAUAUGGAUUCUCAUUCAACGCGUACUUCAAACAUCCCCCGUGACGAGGCUCUGAUCGCUGUAUUAGACACAAACACAACAUACCUGAAGAUACCUACACGCUACCUUAAAUAGGUGUGUAGGUACAUCUCCGUACCUACAACCACUGUCCAUAUGCCUGGCUACAGUCUCAACCACGGCCAAUCACGUGUUCACAAAGCCGCAUUGCCUUACCAUCCAUGUAUGUCCUACCACUCACAGGAAGUGGUAGUACGAAGGUUAAAGUUAGGAGACCCCAUCGCAUGUUCUGCCUUACACCUGCCGUACUCAUGCACGUCACUCCAGUAAACCCUCCUCUGUAGUCACGAGGUUUAGCACAAACGCGUGUUGCUUCCUGUCAGCACUAGACUGAAACGGAGCCCACCACACUCGUGGCAAGGCAUGCGCAUAAUAGUCCUAUCACGUGCGCAAACAAACGUGUUGACGGUUGGGUUGUUUGCCUCAUAGUCCU